AUGUGGACUGCCGCUCACGGUGUUGGGCACCGCUGUUUGGAUGCGGCGGCCACACGAGCGGAUGUAUUGUGGCACAAUCAAAUGCGUGAAUUACGCGGAGUCACAGCGGCUGCAGUAAUAUCAGCGGUGUGGCACCACGGAGUAUGUGAGAGGGUGAUGCAUGGUGAAUCACGGUGGGCGGCAUGCGAGGGAAGUGCACCGCGACGGAGCGUCAUCCCGUCCUCAGCCUGCAGGGGAAUGUGCACCCAGAGGAAUAUAUGGACGAGACACCACCAAACACACAUGCCCUUCUGUGCAGCAAUAAAUAGGAGCGAAGGUGCGUUCUGGUGCGUGGGAGUCCACUCACAUAUUCUCAUUUCCACCACAGUAAACGGCGAGGAAUCAGGUGCCACAGCAACGAAAGGAAGAAAAACAUCUAUUGCAACAGUUUACCAGCGAGAAGCAGGAACAACACAAACCGAAUUCUUGGCUGCAACAACACAAGAAACAUUCAAGAGAGGAAAAAAUAAAUAA